UUGACAUCCCUAGUAAAGUCUGUCAAAUAAAUAAUUUUUUCCGGGCCGUAGUAAAGCAUCGAAAUCUAAAUGUAAUAAAGUGAAUUUAAAUUAAUUGUGGCUAUUGACCAUAUUGUUGCUUGAUUUCAGGACAAUGGAGUCAAAAACUGCCUUCGAAGACUAUGAGAUUGAGGUAUUGGACGGUGAAGAAAUACCUCCUGAGUUAUUAGAUGUUCAAGUUAAGAAGGAGUCGGACACCAACGAGAAGGUAGAAGUGUUCCAAAUGUCCGACUUGGGUGGUGGGGUAUCCAAUAACACCGUAGAUUUCAAAGUCAAGAAUGAGAAAAUCGAGGAAGAGGAAUCCCAGUUUCAAAUAGUUAAUGAACCCAUUAAACAUGACGAAACGGACCAAUCUGACUUGCAAGUGAAAAAUGAAUCAAUUGAAGACGUUAUCAUCGAGGAUAAAGUGAUCCCGCCAACAGUCGCUGAAACUGGGCAAUUCAAAUGUAAUUAUUGCCCAGAAUCCUUUACGGAUAACAUAGAUCUAAGUCGUCAUACUUUGUCGCAUGCCCCCUUCCACUGUUCCUAUUGUUUGAGGACUUAUUCAACGGAUGCAGGCUUUCAGCGACACCUGCGAUUCCACAAGCCACCCUACCAAUGCGAUCAGUGCUCGGAGACUUUUGCGUUACGCGGUUCUCUUGAUCGGCACAAGCAGAAGCACGAGGCUGAAUUGGUUCACCAGUGUUCCCAUUGCAAACAGCUUUUCAAAAAGAAAAGCUAUCUUACCAACCACUUGCGAACCCACGCAAACGAGCUACCCCUGCGUCCCUUCAAGUGUGAUCAUUGCCCGUCGGCUUUUGAGAAACGUGCGUAUCUCCAGAAACACAUCCGAAUUCACAAGCUCCACAAGUGCACCGAGUGCCCGGCAGCUCUGCCAACGAAACUGCAUCUGGAGCGUCACAUGGAAACUCACACAGGACCCAGGCCCAACAAGUGUGCCAAAUGUGAGAGGGUCUUUAGGGAUCAAAAAGAACUCAGUCAGCACUUGGUAACGCACUCGCCCAAAAAUGGCUUUGAGUGUUUAGAGUGCUCCAAGACUUUCAACCUGAAAUCAUCUCUUACAAACCACCUGAAGCGCCUGCACACAACAGAAACAAAAUAUAACUGUUCCCACUGCCCACGAUCUUUCAGACUCAAAUCCGAUCUCAAGUCACACAUGCUGAUUCACACGGUGGAACAGACCUUCGAGUGCCCAUGUUGUCCGAGGUUCUUCAAACAUCAGAGCAGUCUCAAGCAUCACAUGGCAAAGCACUCGGGCGCAGGACACUUUGAGUGCUCCCUAUGCCUCAAGACCUUCACCGAGGAAUCACUUUUUCAGGAACACCUGCUACUGCACGCAGAUGGGACGUACGAGUGCACCCACUGCCCGAAGGCAUUUGCCACACAUAAAAUCCUCCUUCAGCACAUGGCAUCGCACUUGACAGAUAAGCCCCUCCAGUGUACCCUCUGCCCGAAGACCUUUGCGCUGGAAUCGAGUCUUGAGACCCACCUAAAAUUGCACUCGUUCCCCGGCUAAAGGUAUUUCCCUUGUCCAAAGGCUUUCCGACGUCGAUCAGAUCUCAGGGGUUCAUGU